AAUAAAGUAGGAAAAAAGUACCUUUGAGUAAGAGGAAUAUUAAAAUUCAGGUAAGGGAAAAGGCAAGAUGGUUAAGAAAAAUGCAAAAGAAAGAGAGAUACAAUCCUGAAAUACACAAUAGAAUAACUAAAUUCAUUACAAACCCCUAUCUUUUGAAGAAUUUAGGAAUAAUUUGUGAAUACCGUGACAUUUUAAAGUGGGAUUAGCAAGUCUUAUUACUGAGCUAACCUCUCACUCUCAGAGCAAGAACUAAAUAUUUGCUCUGCACUCAGAAUCACAAAUGGAAAGUUUCAAGGCUCUUACAAGAAUUUCAUACAUUAAGAAACACAAACUAGAAGUUUCAGGUAAUUAAAAAUGCAUUAAGAGACGCACAAAGCAAGACUGUUGAUUUGUAAAACCUUUUGUUUCAACUAAAACAUUAAAAUCUAGAAUGAAUUUUAAUUACACAGUCACUGAAUUCUAACCUCUGUUCCAAAUACGCCAGAAAGACGACAAACACUUCUCCAGGUCGGCAAUGGAGAGGUAGGGGGGGGGGGGGCUUUAUAUUUUACACAGAUUCACUGCGGGAGUGAAACUCCCCAGUUCUGCUCAGCCACAACACCAUCUUUGGGGGUACUCGUGCAAGCUUCCCAAAGGCUCCAGUCCUGCCUUUCUCCUUUCCCUUAUGACAACAGAAGGGAAAGGUAAUGCCGAACAUAUUUCUAUUUGUAGCGAAAAGACCACCCAGUGGAUUCUGCCAGAGUCCACAACGUUUGACAAACACGUUGUCAGAAGAUAAGAGAGUAUUAUAACGAGACGGCCCUGUGCUGGUGGGCCCCAGCUCGCGGGGGCCCUGCACCGAGUGCGUGGACAGCGCUCCCUCUCCAACUUCUAGGGCUCUUACCCACAAGUACCCGGGGACUUUUUUUUUCUCGCUUCCAAUAUAAUGACUUCAGAAACAAGUGAAUUUGCUGUGCUGCACGGUAGGAUUAGUUGUUACUCUUUGUAGGCAAUAAAAAUCAGUAGCAGGUUACCACCACAACCACCGUCGAGGUGGGGCGGUAAGGCUGGAAUCCAAACUGCCCAGUGAGGUGCUCGGCGGCGGACAGCACCCCUAACCCACUUUCAUCUCAAAUGUUGUGAUGCUCCUUCGAAUCGGUUGUAAAACACGAUACAGACUUCGACUGGGUUGCAGGCUCAUAAAUCUGUGAUUUUGAAAAUGCCCAGUUCAGGAUAUCUGUUUGCUUCUAGCCCCAACCAGAGUUCCCAGAUCAAGUUUCAGUCAAAAUACACCAGUCCACACGCCACCCCAGCGCUGGGGUCGCCUUCCUUCACUCCUUCCCAACUUGGCGCCCCGGUGCUUGGAGGAGCCUCGCUUCCACUUCCCGGGAAAGUGGUGGCAACCCCGGGCUGCCUGCUCGCUGGACUCCCCGCAAGAUCCUUUCAGACACCUCCUCAAAGGACGCGGCGCCCCAUCAGAAAACUGGGGAUCACCCAGAUCACAGCAAGAGUGGCCGGGCUCCCCGCCCCCACUGAGCGCCCAGCCCCUGAGCUGCCUCUCUCGGGGGAACCCCGGAACCGGUGGGAACCUGGGCGGUGCCUUGCUCCCCGGGCUGGAGGCCCCGGCGAAGUUCCCACCUGAGCAGGCAGCCGGAGGUGUCAGACGCGUGGGAGGGGCGGGGACGGGGAGGCCGGGGACCCGGAGGCCGGACCCGGAGAGGCUGCGCACCCGGGAGAUGCUUCUGGGCCACCGGGGCUGGCCAACUUGCUGCCUCCCCCCCAGAGCAGCUCCGGGAAAGCGCCGCCGUCCCAGCCGGCCGCCGCCCGCUCCCGGCACCCGCCCUCCAGCUCCCGGCGCCGCGGCCCGGGCACUAGGACCCCCGAAAGGAAGGAGGACGCGCCGGCGGCCGCGCCGCACUUACCGCGCUGGCUCGCCCGCGCCGCCAGCUCGCCACCCGGCCGCAGCCGCUGUGUCCACGGAGCAGCGCGCACACACAGCACUUGGCCAAAUUCAAAGGAGCCGGGCGCAGAGGAGGGGGCCCCGCAGAGGGAGCGGAGUGGGGCUUGGGGAGGGGGGGGCGGUGAGGGGAGGGGAGGGGAGAGAACAGCAAGUGUUACAACUUCCUUCCGUGCCCACCGCCAGGCAGCGGCGGGCGAGGGACGCGGGAGGGGAGGGCAGCGCGCGGAGCGCCAAUGAGUUCACUUUCUUUUUCUCCCCCGCGCUCUCCCCCUCUCCCUUCCCGCCAGCCCCUCCAGCCUCCUCCUUGGCCGCCGGAGGCCGAGGCCCGGCCAGAGUUUUCGGUUCCCGGCCCGGGAGCGGGAGGACGGAGACGGCGAGGGAGGAGCUGGAGGGAAAAGUGGGGAGGCGAGCAGGGCGCGCUGCCCGGGAGCAGCAUCCAGGACCUUGCGUGUGUGUGGCGGGGGACGCGCCGGCCGAGUGUGCCCGAGCCGGGCGCGUCCACGUGUCCGUGUGUGUGAGUGUGGGAGCGAGGCGAGCGGAGGAGCCUACCAUGCGCUUCCCCCUCCGCGUGGAUCGCGGGAGAGCCCAAUCCCAGGGCGAGCUGGACCGGCUGCGACCAUUUAUAAUCCUGGCCUCCUCCGCUCCGCAACUUGUCAAGAUGACGGGGUGGGCAUUUCAGGUCAGCUGAGUCACCCGAGGAGGUGGCAGUGCAAGCCACUGCCGGGAAGAUGGAUUCCGAGGCGGAAGGGUAUAAUUAAGGGUUUCCACCCCCGGCAGGCGGCCUGUCCUUUACGCAGCCUGUGAAAGUGACCUGCGCCUUCCCUGCCACAGUGUCCUCUCCUCCGAGACGGAGAAGCUCCAAUGACCUUCGGACGGGGGAGGGGACUCUAAAUACCCAGACUUCCUUAACAAGCCCCGACUCGGCCACGCCGUGGAUCGAGUGUCUGCCCUCUGGUUUAAGCUGCAACCCGCACGCACCUGCCAGUGGGCGAAUUCUGGAGUCCACUAAAGGCUCCAACGCAACCUCCCUUCCUGUCCCUUCUCCCUCCCCUCCUCCCUCUCUCUCUCUCUCUCUCUCUCUCUCUCUCUCUCUCUCUCUCCCCUUCUCUCCCCCUCUCUCCCCCCGCCCCCGCAGCUGAAUACCACCCCAACUCUAAGCUUCCCUACCUUGACUUGUCUGAGGGAGGAAAUAAAAGUUUACUGCUCUCCAGAAGA